GCUGCUGUGCGACUGCGAGCAGCUGAUACAAAACUAUGCGCUAGUUUUCUUAAUUCCUUGCUGGGGGGGAAACUCCUGAGGAGCGGAUGAAGAAACAAAUUUUGCUGUUGUUCACAUUCAGAGGACUAGUAAGCAAAGGAAAAAAGGGGAAAAAGAGAAAAUGGCCAAUUUUGUAUUACGAUCAGCCAAACCAAAAGAUGUAUCCGAUAUCUUGCGACUCAUAAAGGAACUUGCAAAAUUUGAAGAGAUGGAGGAGAAGGUGGUGCUCACUGAGAAAGAUCUGCUUGAGGAUGGCUUUGGGGAUCAUCCAUUCUACCAAUGCUUCGUUGCAGAAGUCCCACAAACGCAGAGCUCAGAAGGGUUUUCUGUAAUUGGCUUUGCAAUGUACUACUUCACAUAUGACCCAUGGAUUGGAAAGCUGCUCUAUUUGGAAGAUUUCUAUGUCAUGCAGGAGUUUCGAGGCCUUGGCAUUGGUUCACAAAUCCUGAAGGUGCUGAGUGAGAUUGCUGUAAAGACGCGCUGUAGCAGUAUGCAUUUCAUUGUAGCAGAAAACAAUAAGCAGUCUAUCGAGUUCUACAAGAGAAGGGGCGCAGCUGACCUGUCCUCUAAGGAGGGCUGGCGUCUCUUUGAGAUCCAAAAGGAGGGCCUUGUGAAGAUGACUGCUAAAUAAAACUUACUGAUCAUUUACAAAGAAUUUUGGUGACUGCAAUAACAAUAUUUUUGCAGUUUUAGUAUUUCUGUAUCAUUGAUCAUGACCUAAUUUUACGUUUACCUCAUUCAAACUAUAAAUUAAGUAGAUUAAAUGUUAUUAAUGAGCGACACUGCUUACUUAUAACAAGAGUUUUUAAGGACUACAUGAAGAAAAAUUACUUAGUUAUUUAAUAAAUUUGUGGGUUGUAAUUGGUAAACCGAAUAAGUGUUUAAAAAAGUGAUCUUAUUCAUAAUAAUGGAUUAAAAACUAAUAAAUUACAAAUAAUGCUCAGUAAAUUCAAACAAUUUUAAGCCAUUUCUGACUUAAAAAGUACUCAACAAUGAACAUGUUAUGUAACAGUAUCUGUCAAGUUGUUAUGAAAUCACUGCUAUUGUAAAAUAUGACACAGAGUGUGAUGUUUUGAAGAUCUUAAGAAAUAAAGUAGAAAACUCUGAAUGCAUGAAA